AUGCCGACGCCCAUCCCUACUGUCCCCGUCCCAGCUCGAUCUCAGCAUGCCGACGCCCAUCCACUACUGUCCCCGUCCCAGCUCGAUCUCAGCAUGCCGACGCCCAUCCACUACUGUCCCCGUCCCAGCUCGAUCUCAGCAUGCCGACGCCCAUCCAGCACUGUCCCCGUCCGGACUCGAUCUCAGCAUGCCGACGCCCAUCCACUACUGUCCCCGUCCCAGCUCGAUCUCAGCAUGCCGACGCCCAUCCACUACUGUCCCCGUCCGGACUCGAUCUCAGCAUGCCGACGCCCAUCCCUACUGUCCCCGUCCCAGCUCGAUCUCAGCAUGCCGACGCCCAUCCACUACUGUCCCCGUCCCAGCUCGAUCUCAGCAUGCCGACGCCCAUCCAGCACUGUCCCCGUCCCAGCUCGAUCUCAGCAUGCCGACGCCCAUCCACUACUGUCCCCGUCCCAGCUCGAUCUCAGCAUGCCGACGCCCAUCCCUACUGUCCCCGUCCCAGCUCGAUCUCAGCAUGCCGACGCCCAUCCACUACUGUCCCCGUCCCAGCUCGAUCUCAGCAUGCCGACGCCCAUCCACCACUGUCCCCGUCCCAGCUCGAUCUCAGCAUGCCGACGCCCAUCCACUACUGUCCCCGUCCCAGCUCGAUCUCAGCAUGCCGACGCCCAUCCACUACUGUCCCCGUCCCAGCUCGAUCUCAGCAUGCCGACGCCCAUCCCUACUGUCCCCGUCCCAGCUCGAUCUCAGCAUGCCGACGCCCAUCCACUACUGUCCCCGUCCCAGCUCGAUCUCAGCAUGCCGACGCCCAUCCAGCACUGUCCCCGUCCGGACUCGAUCUCAGCAUGCCGACGCCCAUCCACUACUGUCCCGGUCCCAGCUCGAUCUCAGCAUGCCGACGCCCAUCCAGCACUGUCCCCGUCCCAGCUCGAUCUCAGCAUGCCGACGCCCAUCCCUACUGUCCCCGUCCCAGCUCGAUCUCAGCAUGCCGACGCCCAUCCACUACUGUCCCCGUCCCAGCUCGAUCUCAGCAUGCCGACGCCCAUCCACCACUGUCCCCGUCCCAGCUCGAUCUCAGCAUGCCGACGCCCAUCCCUACUGUCCCCGUCCCAGCUCGAUCUCAGCAUGCCGACGCCCAUCCACUACUGUCCCCGUCCCAGCUCGAUCUCAGCAUGCCGACGCCCAUCCACUACUGUCCCCGUCCCAGCUCGAUCUCAGCAUGCCGACGCCCAUCCACCACUGUCCCCGUCCCAGCUCGAUCUCAGCAUGCCGACGCCCAUCCACUACUGUCCCCGUCCCAGCUCGAUCUCAGCAUGCCGACGCCCAUCCACUACUGUCCCCGUCCCAGCUCGAUCUCAGCAUGCCGACGCCCAUCCACUACUGUCCCCGUCCCAGCUCGAUCUCAGCAUGCCGACGCCCAUCCACUACUGUCCCCGUCCCAGCUCGAUCUCAGCAUGCCGACGCCCAUCCACCACUGUCCCCGUCCCAGCUCGAUCUCAGCAUGCCGACGCCCAUCCACUACUGUCCCGGUCCCAGCUCGAUCUCAGCAUGCCGACGCCCAUCCACUACUGUCCCCGUCCCAGCUCGAUCUCAGCAUGCCGACGCCCAUCCACCACUGUCCCCGUCCCAGCUCGAUCUCAGCAUGCCGACGCCCAUCCACUACUGUCCCCGUCCGGACUCGAUCUCAGCAUGCCGACGCCCAUCCACUACUGUCCCCGUCCCAGCUCGAUCUCAGCAUGCCGACGCCCAUCCACUACUGUCCCCGUCCCAGCUCGAUCUCAGCAUGCCGACGCCCAUCCACUACUGUCCCCGUCCCAGCUCGAUCUCAGCAUGCCGACGCCCAUCCACCACUGUCCCCGUCCCAGCUCGAUCUCAGCAUGCCGACGCCCAUCCACUACUGUCCCCGUCCCAGCUCGAUCUCAGCAUGCCGACGCCCAUCCACUACUGUCCCCGUCCCAGCUCGAUCUCAGCAUGCCGACGCCCAUCCACCACUGUCCCCGUCCCAGCUCGAUCUCAGCAUGCCGACGCCCAUCCACUACUGUCCCCGUCCCAGCUCGAUCUCAGCAUGCCGACGCCCAUCCACCACUGUCCCCGUCCCAGCUCGAUCUCAGCAUGCCGACGCCCAUCCACUACUGUCCCCGUCCGGACUCGAUCUCAGCAUGCCGACGCCCAUCCACUACUGUCCCCGUCCCAGCUCGAUCUCAGCAUGCCGACGCCCAUCCCUACUGUCCCCGUCCGGACUCGAUCUCAGCAUGCCGACGCCCAUCCACCACUGUCCCCGUCCCAGCUCGAUCUCAGCAUGCCGACGCCCAUCCACUACUGUCCCCGUCCGGACUCGAUCUCAGCAUGCCGACGCCCAUCCAGCACUGUCCCCGUCCCAGCUCGAUCUCAGCAUGCCGACGCCCAUCCAGCACUGUCCCCGUCCCAGCUCGAUCUCAGCAUGCCGACGCCCAUCCACCACUGUCCCCGUCCCAGCUCGAUCUCAGCAUGCCGACGCCCAUCCAGCACUGUCCCCGUCCCAGCUCGAUCUCAGCAUGCCGACGCCCAUCCCUACUGUCCCCGUCCGGACUCGAUCUCAGCAUGCCGACGCCCAUCCACCACUGUCCCCGUCCCAGCUCGAUCUCAGCAUGCCGACGCCCAUCCACUACUGUCCCCGUCCGGACUCGAUCUCAGCAUGCCGACGCCCAUCCAGCACUGUCCCCGUCCCAGCUCGAUCUCAGCAUGCCGACGCCCAUCCCUACUGUCCCCGUCCGGACUCGAUCUCAGCAUGCCGACGCCCAUCCACUACUGUCCCCGUCCCAGCUCGAUCUCAGCAUGCCGACGCCCAUCCACUACUGUCCCCGUCCGGACUCGAUCUCAGCAUGCCGACGCCCAUCCAGCACUGUCCCCGUCCCAGCUCGAUCUCAGCAUGCCGACGCCCAUCCCUACUGUCCCCGUCCGGACUCGAUCUCAGCAUGCCGACGCCCAUCCACUACUGUCCCCGUCCCAGCUCGAUCUCAGCAUGCCGACGCCCAUCCACUACUGUCCCCGUCCGGACUCGAUCUCAGCAUGCCGACGCCCAUCCCUACUGUCCCCGUCCGGACUCGAUCUCAGCAUGCCGACGCCCAUCCACUACUGUCCCCGUCCCAGCUCGAUCUCAGCAUGCCGACGCCCAUCCACUACUGUCCCCGUCCGGACUCGAUCUCAGCAUGCCGACGCCCAUCCACUACUGUCCCCGUCCCAGCUCGAUCUCAGCAUGCCGACGCCCAUCCCUACUGUCCCCGUCCCAGCUCGAUCUCAGCAUGCCGACGCCCAUCCUCUACUGUCCCCGUCCGGACUCGAUCUCAGCAUGCCGACGCCCAUCCACUACUGUCCCCGUCCCAGCUCGAUCUCAGCAUGCCGACGCCCAUCCACUACUGUCCCCGUCCGGACUCGAUCUCAGCAUGCCGACGCCCAUCCACUACUGUCCCCGUCCCAGCUCGAUCUCAGCAUGCCGACGCCCAUCCUCUACUGUCCCCGUCCGGACUCGAUCUCAGCAUGCCGACGCCCAUCCAGCACUGUCCCCGUCCCAGCUCGAUCUCAGCAUGCCGACGCCCAUCCACUACUGUCCCCGUCCGGACUCGAUCUCAGCAUGCCGACGCCACAUGGCUGGAGACGGACGUUUUGUUUUUGUGCGACUAA